UGCUAUCUAUAUAAUUGCUUCCUAAAAGGAUUAGUAUGUUGGCAGUGAACAUGUCUUCUAUGUUAAUGAGGUGGAAAGACACCUAAAGGAGCAUGUGAGCGUGGCGGCAAAGAGACGGGACUGCUGCACUUUGGACAUAGAAGUUAAGAUGCUGCAGUCAAAAAUUAGUUAUGUUCAUUUGCUCUCUUCUCUAAGAAACAUUCCCAAAUAUGUUCAAGGCAUGGACGGGCUUGAGAACACCACCCAGUGUCCUCGUGACGUUAUCAAGUUGUCACUUUUUUUUCCCUUUUGGGUUGUGUGCGUGUGUUUUUCAUUACCAUCAAUGACUGGGUUACGCAGACUUCAGCGCACCGUGAUAUAAGACCUGGUACCCCACCUACGCUCCAGUUGCUGAUUGGCGUUACGCGGGUAUCCAGCUAUUAUUUAUUACCCCAAAGCGUGGACGCCUCAUUUAUCCUGAGCGGAUCUCACUGUGGGAUCUAUCACUUAACUCUGCACCAGGGCGCACGCAGCUUACUCUUAUACCAAAUUAUCUGUUCGACAGAAAUCAGGUGGUGCUAAAAAUGAGGAGAGGUUUGCUGCUGGUGACUCUGUUCCUCAUCAUGAAACUUCGAUACAGCCAGUCCAGAUGCGAGGAGUCCGGACUGCGCAGAUCGACUUCAGAUCAGACCAUAGGUUUGGACAACCUCAAGCGGAGCAUUCUGAAGAGGUAUAGCGAUUUGGAUUACGACAGCUUUGUGGGUCUGAUGGGCAGAAGAAACGCCGAUGCAAACGAUGUACAAUCACCUCAAAAAAGAGAAAUGCAUGACAUUUUUGUUGGUCUCAUGGGAAGGAGAAACUCAGAGUCUGAUAAUAGUCCCUGGAGGAGAGAGUAUCCAGAGAGGAGAGGCAUUUUUCUCAACAAGUGCAGGCUGAGGUUUCUUCAGGGGCUGUAGACAAAGCUCUCAUCUGGCAACAACCACCGAGAAGAUCACAGAGAACACAAAUAAUGAACUAAAUGUUUGAUGGAGACAACUCAGUGGUGUGAUUCACAAUGUAAACCUGCUAGCUGGCUUAUGAAAGUAACUAUAAAAUACACAGAUUGUAUUUGCUUUAAUUUGACAACAAAACAUAAGUAGAGAUGACAGGAGACAUAUUCUAUUUCUUUAUCAUGUUAUUCCUUUUCUUCAAAGUUUAAAAUAAACACAAUUUUUAUACAUAAUUUAUUCAUUUAAAGCGUCGGUGCAUUUCCCUGCAGGUGUUACUGAGAGGCUCACGAAGCUCGGCUCUGGCGCAGACAGUAACGUUCAGUCACACUUGCUAUGAUGUUUACUGCUGGUUAUAUAAAAUGACUUGACAAGAGGGAUUCAUCUGAGUUUUGUAUAAUUCUGUGUUCAUCAGAAGCUACAGUGUUCUUAAACAUAAGCACAGGGGGUUUCAAGUAUCUACACCAAAGCAUCUCAUGUCACUGAAGGUAAAAUGAAAAGACAUUUUCACAGUAAGGUUGUUCAUUUUUGUACUGAAACAAACAUCAUAUCAUUGCUGGCUGUGGAUUUAGAGUCUCCAUUAACUCUUUAACUGCACAGGGUUCAAGUUGAAAUUAAAAAGAAAAUUGAAAACAAAGUCAUUUUGCUUAUUGUUACAGAAAGCCAAAAAAAAAUCUUAUUAACCAUUAAAAGUCAGAAAAGUAUAACCAGAAAAUCAGAUGCAACAGAACACAGCAUAAGUUGUGACACAGUAUCAAUUUUUGCUGUUUUCAAUUUCAAUAAAAA